GAUCAAUAACAGACCACAACACUGAAAAUGUGACACUGAAUAAGAAAUUGACCCUGGGCGUAAUAUUGAAAACAAAUUAACUUGAAGAUGUUUUCAAGGCAAAAGGGAUGGCUACCCGGAUUGCUGUCAAGACCCAAAAACCCACAUUCGUUGGAACAUUUAAAAUAUUUGUAUAGUUUAUUAAUGAAGAAUCAGACAAUAACAGAAAACAACAGAAGUUUAUUAGUAGAGACACUUAGAUCAAUAUCUGAAAUACUCAUUUGGGGAGAUCAAAAUGACAGUAGUGUGUUUGACUUUUUCCUUGAGAAGAAUAUGCUGUCAUUUUUCCUGAAGUAUUUACAACAAAGAGCUGGGAGAUAUAUUUGUGUACAGUUACUACAGACACUCAACAUUUUAUUUGAAAACAUCAAGAAUGAGACAUCUUUAUAUUACUUAUUGUCCAACAAUCACAUCAACUCAAUAAUUGUACACAAGUUUGAUUUCUCUGAUGAAGAGGUCAUGGCAUAUUAUAUUUCAUUUCUGAAGACGCUUUCCCUGAAGCUUAAUAAACACACAAUACAUUUCUUUUACAAUGAGCACACCAAUGAUUUUGCUCUGUACACUGAAGCUAUCAAGUUCUUUAACCAUUCAGAGUCAAUGGUUAGAAUUGCUGUUAGGACCAUUACACUUAAUGUUUUCAAAGUUGAAGAUAAGGCAAUGUUGAGGUAUAUAAGAGACAGAACUGCAGCUCCAUAUUUCUCUAAUCUUGUCUGGUUUAUUGGAAAUCACAUUCUAAAUGUUGACCUCUGUGUCAGACAUGAUGCUGAUCACCAAAGUAGAGACAGGUUGGCAGAUUUAGUAGCAGAACAUUUAGACCAUCUCCACUACUUAAAUGACAUACUAUGUAUCAACAUCGAUACUCUCAACGAAGUACUUACAGACCAAUUUUUAAACAGAUUACUUAUACCCCUGUACGUCUAUUGUCUGACCAUGAGGAAGAAACAUAAUGGAAGACAGGGAGAUAAGAAACAUAUCAGUUCUGUAGUGGCACUGUACUUACUAUCUCAGGUAUUUUUAAUAAUCAGUUAUGCACCACUAGUACGCCAGCUGGCAGAAAUUAUAUUCCAAGGGGACAUAAGUAUACAACAACAAGAAGCCUCAAGUGAUUCACCACAAACUAGAGUGAGAGAAUUUGUAGCACCAGAUGAAUCUUUAGAGGUCACAUUAGACAGCAACAGAGGUCAACAUCCAUUCCGUCAAGGUGAAUUAGAGGAACCUGUUACAACAGGCAACUCAACAUUUUAUAUGAGAACUCAUUCAAUGACAGAGCAAACUGAAGUGCAUGAGAGGGUUCCUACACCUCCAACAACAGAGCCAGACCAACCUACUCAAAAUUCCACAGAUGAGGAAAAAUUACAGGGCUCACAGAGAACCCCUACUGGAACAGAUAUAGAACAGAAAGACACUGCAUUUAGUCUUGAAAAUAGAGCCUAUUUAGAAGCUGUAUUCAAUGCAUUGGAAUGUAGUGAGAAUGAUUAUGAAGCUUUGUUUGCACUAUGUUUGUUAUAUGCCAUGGGACAUAAUGAUGGCAUACAUCAGGGCUUAAUGGACACAGUAAUGAUGCCAACAGAAAAAUCUGAGACCAAAGAUCAUUACAAUGUAGCGUUAGUAGAGAGACUUAUUAGAAUCAUCACAUUGGCGAGUCAAAGUGGAAAUAAAGUGAGAUUAUCGACAUUAGAACUAACUAUCAAACUUUUGAAACAGCUUGUCUACAUGAGUGGUAAAUCUUAUCUACAAGACAGACACCUUGCCAGCAUUGAGAACGCCAGAGAGUGCUGUACACAACUACUCAGGAAUUUCUAUAAGAGUGAAGAAAUGUUCUUAGACAUGUUUGAAGAUGAAUAUAGAGAAAUGAAGAACCGUCCAUUGAAUGUUGAAUAUCUGACAAUGGAUGCCUCCAUACUGUUACCCCCAACUGGUACUCCUUUGACAGGGAUAGCAUUUUCUAAAAGAUUACCAUGUGGAGAGGUUGAAAGAGCCAGAAGGGCAAUAAGAGUGUUUUUCUUGGUGAGGGACUUAUCAUUAACUUUGUUACAAGAGAUAGAAGGUCAGCUACCCCUAACCAAAGAAGAUUCCUGCAUUAAAGUAUCAGACAUUUUAGAUCUCAAUAACAGUGACUUAAUAGCAUGUACAGUGGUGACCAAAGAAAGAAAAAUGGAGCGACGCUUUCUUGUGAUAGACAGUAUACAGUUAAUUCUAGUAGAACCAGAUACAAAGAGGCUUGGCUGGGGUGUUGUUAGAUUUGCUGGAUUCUUACAAGAUGUAGAAGUUACAGGAGAUAAGGAUGACAGUAGAUCACUCCACAUCACCAUCCACAAACCUCCUAGUUCCCAGCAUGCAAGACCACUUCCUCUUUUGUCAGGACGCUUUGUUUUCGAUGAUCACAUAAGAUGUAUGGCUGCUAAGCAACGCUUGACGAAAGGAAGACUGAAAGCUCGUCAGCAGAAGAUGAUGAUGAUAGAAAGGCUUUUGGACAUACCUAAUGAUGGAGGUCAAAGAUCAAGUACCCCUUCUGGUAGAAAUAGACCCUACCCUGGGAGAAGUCAUCCAAUUCGUAGUGUGUCAACACCUUCUCAGCAGACUCCAGAAAUUACUCCAGUAAGCACACCCACACCGCAAUCGCCGCAAGUAGACCCAAUUCAGUCUGUGCCUACAAAAUCUCAUGGCCAAGAAACAAACAACGAAUCAACGGAUAGUGUUGAAAUAGCCGAAGAAGCUUUUGCUUACCAAACUUUUAAUCAACAUACUGGUACUAACGCUUCUAGUCGCCAUUCACCUUCACCUCUUGAAAAUUCCCCUUUUCAAGAAAUUCAAAUGGAAGAUUUGUCAAAAAGAAAGAAAAAACAUUCGAAAAAGAUGCCAAAUGUACGUCUGCAUCAAAUGAAAUCGUUAUCUCGAAGUCAUUCUCAUAGCCCAAAACGUGAUGAGGGCAUCGGUUCAGAUAGAGGACGGUCUUAUUCGAUGGUUGAGGAAAGCAAACGUGAUAGAAGUUUAACUCCAAAAGGCAGGGGUCAUAGUAACAGUGAACCUUUUUCAGAAGGAAAACGUUCACGUCCAUCUUCGGGGUCGUCUGCAGACGAAAGUCAAAAAAUCAGAACUAGAAGUAAGGAAAGUCAGUCUCCAAAAACACUUAGACCAGCAGAAGCUCCAGCCUUGACUUUAUUUUCGCAAGACAGUGAAUCAAUGGCAACUAGUAUAGACUCAUUAAAGCUAGUGCCACCAGCCGAGAGUCUAAGGACUCCUAGUGAUACAUCGAGUACAGGAACAAGCAACGAUGGAAUGAAUGUACCUGUAGAGAAGCAGGAUAUUAAAGACUCUGAACCAAGUGUCAAAGACACGAAACCAAAUUUUGCAUUUAAAUCAACGUCUGCAGCGGAUGUUGAAAUAAGUAAAGCAAAAGUUAGUUCUGUUGCUCGGGCUAAAUCUUCUACAGCAACAGAUCAGCUAACAAAACUGGCUCAGAUUGUACAGGAACAUUUCUCUGACGAUAAAGAGAGUGAAACAGACUUUGUAGAUCAGAAUACUGGCAUGUGAGAUUGUUAAAGAUUUACUCUAGCCUGGACAAUUUAAGUGCAAUGUAAGGUUAUAGACUUGUAAAUAAUAAUUGUUUUAUAGACAUAUUUAUAAUAUAUUAUACUAGUACAUUAGUUUGGGGAAAUUUUAAUAGAAUUGUGUACAGAUAUCCUGUGGUGAGUUAAGGAUAAAAUUUUACGGGAUAGGAUACGAGGGGGCCUGGUAGGAAUUUAAUCUAUCCAUCUGACCAGAAACAUUUCUUUAAAUUAGGAGUGCCAUUUGUGAAGAAGAGUAAUAUCAUAUCUAUUUGACAAUGAAUUGCUUUUAUAUCUGCAUGUUUAUAAUAUUGCCUGUGAUUAUCUUCGUUUUGGUGUGUCAUGCAUGUUCCAUAAGCCUGAAAAGAUUUGAUUUGAGUU